AUGCUGGAGGCGUCACCGGACAGGAACUCCUCCCACAGCUCCUUUGUGUUCCUGGGCUUCCCGGCGCUGCAGGCGCACCACCGGCUGCUCUCGCUGCCGCUGUCCGUCUCCUACGCCUCCGUGCUGCUCGGCAACUCGCUGCUGAUCUGCAUCAUCAGGAGGGUGGAGAGCCUCCACAGCCCCAUGUACAUCCUCAUCUCGGCGCUGUGCGUGGCCGACAUCGUCGUGGCCACCGUCAUCGUCCCCAACAUGCUGCUGAGCUUCCUGUUCGACUGGGACGAUAUCUCGCUGGCGGGCUGCCUGGCUCAGAUGUUUUUCACGCACUUCCUGUCCUCGGUGGAGUCGACUCUGCUCCUGGCGAUGGCCCUGGACCGCUACGUGGCCAUCUGCAAGCCACUGCAUUAUGGCGACAUCAUCAACGCCUCCAUGUUCCUCAAGCUGUUGCUGUUCACGGCGAUCCGGAGCGGCUCCAUCAUGCUGACGCUGGUCGGGUUGGCGAGCUCGCUGUCUUUCUGCGGCUCCAACGUCAUCCGCCACUGCUACUGCGACCACAUGGCGCUGGUCAGCCUGGCAUGCGGCAGCACCGACAGAAACGACGCCAUGGGCUUGGCCGUGAUCGCCUGCUUCGUGGGCAUGGACAUCACGCUCAUCAUCUUCUCCUAUGUGAAGAUCCUGAGCGUCGUCCUGCGAGCGGCGGCUGGCGAGGACCGCUGGAAGGCGUUUCACACCUGCGGCACCCACCUGAUGGUCAUGAUGUGUUUCUAUCUGGUGGGCAGCAUCACCUUCCUCUCCCGCAACCUGCACAUCCCCAUCCCGACGGACGUCAACACCUUCAUGGGAAUUUUGUACAUUCUGUUCCCAGCGACCGUAAAUCCCAUCAUCUAUGGAGUUCGCACCAGGGAGAUAAGAAACGGCUUUUUUAGGAUGUUUAAAAUGCAGCAACAGAAAAUAGUUACUGUAAAGAUUUCCACCAUCAAGGUUUCUCCUGCGACAAAAGGGCACGAAACAUGA